UGUUAAUGAAUUUUGAGAUGAAAAUUAAUAUGCAAAUUUAUAAAUGUGUAAAAUAAAUAAUUUUCUUAAUAUUUUAAAUAAUGUGUGAUAAUGUUAAAGAAAACUAUUCCUAAGCCUAAUCGGAAGAAAAUAACCGCAAAAUCAGUCCACAAUAACUUUAAAAUUAACUUUUUCAGUCAGAAUAUCGAACUCGCCUCUGGACUUGAAGAUGAACCGCCUGAAAAACCUAAACCUGGCAGGAAAAAACUCAUCAAAUCCGCCGAAUCACGGAAAGAUGACUUGGUGUCGAUAUUGAAGAAAAAGGGUGAAUACCCGAAGAUAAGAUCGGAUUCUGAGCGUUUUUACCAGAAACUGACAGAUAUUACAACAUCUGACGAUUUCUCACAGUUACUCGUUUUCAACCAAAAUCACUUAAAAUCCAUCAUUCCCAAUACUACUGACGUUACUACUGAAAAUGUUACGGAGUAUUACCCGGUGUUAAAUAAUACGCCGACAUCAACGUAUGGCUUUGUGUUGGUGAGUCCCAAGAGUAAAUUUGGCCCUCUUGAGAACUUGGGCGAGGGUUCGUUAGUCUUCACAUUCCUGCAAUUGGAGGAGAAAAACGUUUAUUUCGAGAGUUUAAACGCUUCUAAAUUAGGUCGUUCAGCUUGUUCUUUGUAUUCCCAAGCGCUUGUUAUACCAAAUGAUAUUUUUAUAAUUUACAAUGAAAGUUCAAAGGUUACUGCGCAAAUAUUUGUAGUACUCUCGAAGGUUAAAUGGUCGAAUGCCGACCAAGUUAAACGUGGGAAAACCAUCCCACUCUCACAAAUUAAAUCAUCUUAAUUUAAAUUUGAGUAUCCCAGAUGUAACGUAAUUUAUUCGUAACACAUGUAAUUUAUUCGUAA